AUGGGUGUCCCGGGCUUCCAAGAGUUCCUGGAGAAGCGGUGCCUUGGAGCAGUGGUUCCCGUGGCCCUCCUCAAGCUCGCGCACACGGACUUACGCCAGCUCACCUACCACCGCCGCCCCGGAGCCCGGGUGUUGGUGGAUGUGAGCUUGGCGCUGCCGCGGCUCUAUGGCGACUACCAGACAGAUUGGGUGUGUGGCGGCCAGUGGAACGCCAUGCUGGGCUACUUGUCAGCACUGUACCAGGCUUCUGCAUACCCUGGUGGCGACGGCCUGUCGCUGGUAGUCAUGUUCCCUGGGGUCGUGGGUAAGGACCUGCUGGCCGAGCGGCAGACAGCGCCUGGACACGUAGGCAAAAAAGGCACCCCUCCUCCACCAGCCUGGUUCCUGCCAUGGGCAGGCCUGAGUCACUGCCUAAGGCUAGCACUCAUCCGCUUCCGGGUCAAGAUGAGGGAGGGCCUGGAGGACCACCAUUUGGAAGCAGUAACUUUUUUUAGGGAAAACAGUUUCCAUGGCCUUCUUGUCCAUGACUCUGAAUAUGCUCUCUACAAUAUUCCCUCCUACUACAGUUCCCAUGCUGUGACGCUAAGCUGGAAUGGAAAGAAUCUCACUACCAAUCAGUUCCUGAUGCAGGAAGUGGCCAAGCAAAUUUUCCCCAAAUUUGCUGCUGUGCUAGGUAACCACAUUCUCCCAGAUGAAGACUUGGCCUCCUUUCACUGGGGCCUCCUGGGAUCAGAACAUCCUCUUGCAUCAUUUAAGGUUCCUCAGAGGCAGAUGGGAAUCCAGAGAGUUCCAAAACGGGACAGAAGCCUUCGACACCACUUGAAUGUCUUUUGGCUAACUUCUCUGAUUUCUCUAGGUGCUCACAAAGAGCGUAUGAUUUUAACCCUAAAGACUGAAGACUCCGCAAUUUGUGUAACGGUGAUUGGGCUGAAGGAGUCCCUGAUUGGCCCCUGCAAGGCUCGUUUUCCCUUCCCCUAUUAUGUUUAUGGGGAACUGGGACAUUCCGAUCAGAUUCCUUAUAUUGAUGUGUGGAUUGACAUUGCCACUGAUAAGCCAGCAUAUACAAAAGAUUUUCUUCCUCCCCCAACAGAAAGGGUUCUUGUUUCCAAGACUUCAGGAAAUGCGGCGGGGACCGGAGGAAAAAAAUAG